AUGGCCACCAUACCACCAACUGUGAAUGAUCAGCCGGUACUGCAUCCGCGUGAGUUUGAGGAGCUAGAUAGUCGAAGAAGGUUUCACGCUCAUCAUCCACCCAACUACACACCAAGGCAAACAUUCCAGGUAGCCAGCUAACGUCGUUAGCCAAUACUAUCCAGCAGGUGCAGUUAUCGAACUUGCUAAUGUUGCUAGCAAUGCAAUAUUUAUCAAGUGGCUGUGUAACUAUUUUAUUUUUUAUACUUCGAACUGGCACGUAGUGAAUACAUUUCAGUGUUAAAAGGGUUAGGCAAUUGGUCAUGCUCACUUUAAUUUGCUUGGAUAAUUAGCUAGCAAGCCAAAUCCCUUGACAUCAUGCUGACAUGUAGCUUUGAGACACAACAUCGCGAGUCUGUAUUGGUUGGACUCUUGAUUGUGCAUCGUUCUGGUGGGUGGCGACGGAUAUAUAGCAGGCUUCACCCAAAUUUUUUUUUUUUUCCUGUCAAUAAGAGAAUAUGUAUAAUCUCUAGGAACUCUACUUACCAGACGUAAAGUGAAAUGUGUCCAUCGCUAUCAAAUAAACGUCUGAAUCUAACUUUUGUCAUCACCAUAUUUCCGCCAAAUUAGAGAGCAGGCUGCCAUUAGACCACGCGAAACUUCCUACCACGAAAUCUACCACUGUUUACAUAGCAGGAAUAUGGUGUGUUUCGGACAAAAGUUGGAUUCAGAGGUUUAUAUUUCCCGAUGUUGUAUCCCAAAGCUAGAUGAGGCAGCUAAUGCCGGUUCAAAACAACUGGGAACUCGGAAGUCUCGGACUUCCGACUUCAGUGCAUUCAAGACAACUGGGAACUUGGAAAAAAACUAGCUCCAACUGGGAAAAGUCGUUUUGAAAGGUCAUCCAAGUCGGAAACUCGGGCAUCUUUUUAGCUUUUGAGCUCCGACCUGAAGAUCACUGACGUCAUGAUUUGACCUUUUUUUUUUUUUUGGAGUUACCAGUUGUCUUGAAAACACUUUGCAUCAGGGAGGGAACUUUGACAUACAGUGCAUUUCGGAAAGUAUUCAGGCCCCUUGACUUUUCCCACAUUGUUACUUUACAGCCUUAUUCUGAAAUGGGUUAAAUUGUUUUUCCCCCUUAUCAGUCUACACACAAUACCCCAUAAUUACAAAGCAAAACAUAUUUUUUAAAUGUUGCAAAUGAAUAACAAAAAUUGAUAUUACAUUUACAUAAGUAUACAGACCCUUUACUCAGUACUUUGUUGAAGCACCUUUGGUAGCGAUUACAGCCUCGAGUCUUCUUGGGUAUGACGCUACAAGCUUGGCACACCUGUAUUUGGGGAGAGUCUCCCAUUCUUCUCUGCAGAUCCUCUCAAGCACUGUCAGGUUGGAUGGGGAGCAUCCCUGCAUAGCUAUUUUCAGGUCUCUCCAGAGAUGUUCGAUUGGGUUCAAGUCCGGGCUCUGGCUGGGCCACUCAAGGACAUUCAGAGACUUGUCCCGAAGCCACUCCUGCGUUGUCUUGGCUGUGUGCUUAGGGUCGUUAUCCUGUUGGAAGGUGAACCAGGUCCUGAGCACUCUGGAGCAGGUUUUCAUCAAGGAUCUCUCUGUACUAGUCUCCCAGUCCCUGCUGCUGAAAAACAUCCCCACAACAUGGUGCUGCCGCCACGCUUCACUGUAGGGAUGGUGCCAGGUUUCCUCCAGACGUGAUGCUUUGCAUUCAGGCCAAAGAAUUCAAUCUUGGUUUCAUCAGACCAGAGAAUCUUGUUUCUCAUGGUCUGAGAGUCCAUUAGAUGCCUUUUGGCAAAUUCCAAGCGGGCUGUCAUGUGCCUUUUUACUGAGGAGUGGCUUCCAUCUGGCCACUCUACCAUAAAGGCCUGAUUGGUGGAGUGAUGCAGAGGUGGUUGUCUUUCUGGAAGGUUCUCCCAUCUACACAGAGGAACUGUGGAGCUCUGUUUGUAUGACCAUUGGGUUCUUGGUCACCUCCCUGACCAAGGCCCUUCUCCCCCUAUUGCUCAGUUUGGCUGGGCAUCCAGCUCUAGGAAGAGUCUUGGUGGUUCCAAACUUCUUCCAUUUAAGAAGGAUGGAGGCCACUGUGUUUUUGCGGACCUUCAAUGCUGCAGAAAUGUUUUGUUACCCUUCCCCAGAUCUGUGCCUCGACACAAUUCUGUCUCGGAGUUCUGCGGACAAUUCCUUGGACCUCGUGGCUUGGUUUUUGCUCUGACAUGCACUAUCAACUGUGGGACAUUAUAUAGACAGGUGUGUGCCUUUCCAAAUCAUGUCUAAUCAAUUGAAUUUACCACAGGUGGACUUCAAUCAAGUUGUAGAAACAUCUCAAGGAUGAUCGAUGGAAACAGGAUGCACCUGAGCUCAAUUUCGAGUCUCAUAGCAAAGGGUCUGAAUACUUAUGUCGAUAAGGUAUCUGUUUUUUAUUUUGAAUGAAUUUGCAAAGAUUUCUAAAAACCUGUUUUUGCUUUGUCAUAAUGGGGUAUUUUGUGUAGAUUGAUAAAGAUUUUAUUUAAUCCAUUUUAGAAUAAGGCUGUAACGUAACAACAUUUGUAAAAAGUCAAGGGGUCUGAAUACUUUCCGAAUGCACUGUAGCUAGCUACAUUUAGUGCAUUUAUUGCACUUUGGCCAAGGUUUCUCUCACCUAGCUACUUGAACAACCAACAGUUACAUUUCAAGGCUGGCAGGCAGACUUAUGACUCCAGCAUGUAUCAGUAUAAUGCUGAUAAGAAGUUAUGUGUUGUUGGAAUGAGAGACCCAUUCACACAGCCUUAUGGCAUGUCACACAGCCUUAUGACACAACCACAUGCCUAUCCUAGGUAUGGUAUCCUAUCGUGGGGCGGCAGGUAGCUUAGUGGUUAAGAGCGUUGUGCCAGUAACCGAAAGGUCGCUGGUUCUAAUCCCCAAGCCGACUAGGUGAAAAAUCUGUCGAUGUGCCCUUGAGCAAGGCACUUAACCCUAAUUGCUCCUGUAAGUCUCUCUGGAUAAGAGCGUCUGCUAAAUGACUAAAAUGUAAUGUAAAUGUGUACAUUCCAUGUAGUAUACUUAUUUUGACCAGAUCCCUAUGCGGCCCUGGAUAAUUGUAGUGCAGCACACUGUAUGGGGAAUAGGGGUGUCAUUUAAACGCCAUGCUUGUCUUUUCAGGAUGACCCUAGAGUCAGACCACCUGGACCUAGGUGGCAAGGCCCUCCCGGUGACCCUGGGACUUGGUGGUCACGCCCCUCUGGCGACCCUGGAACCAGGCCCCGACCCGCCGCUGACCCCAGAGCCAGGUUACACCCCUCCGGCGACCCAAGGACCAGACCACGCCUAGCUGGUGACCCCACGGCCAGGUGGCCACUCAUUGACGACCCCACGACAAGACCUCAGGUGGACGACUGCGAGCGGAUGGGGACCCUGUUCGGGCAGCUGAACAAGUGCCUGCGCAGUGCGGGCUUCACCCAGAUGUACUUUGGGGAGAAGGUUGUGGAUCCUGUGAUCAUCAUCUUUUUCUGGGUCCUACUGUGGUUCCUGGGCAUCCAAGCUCUUGGGCUGGUGGGGACUCUGUGCAUUGUCAUCAUCUUCAUCCAGAAGUAA